UCCUCUAGCAGGUAAGAGGUAAGUUUCCACUGUUCUCAUUCAUAUUCCGUCUUAUGUUUCCAAGUCUAUAUAAUCAUUCAAUUUUAAAGGACAAGAGUCUGCCUAAGUACUUUCUCUAAGACUAGUAGUACUAGGAUUUAGUAGCAAACAGAGAACGUUACUAGAAAACGUUAACCAACAUAGGAUAAAUGCUUUUCAAAUCCACGGAAACUUGUGCUUCUUAAUAUUAGUUACAGCUUCAAGAGGAGUCGCUUUCGUUUUUUGCUGAAAGAAGACGUGCUCUAGUCUAGUGUACAUAUUGGAAGAAGAUGAAGAAGAUUUACGCCACGUCAACUCACAAACUCGCCAAGUUGAGCGCGUGGUUUCCACUCCCCUACCUGAUCGGAAAAGUCUCUUAUUACUCUCUCCUCUCUCUCACCAACGACGAAACUCUUCUUCUCUGAUCUCUCAUCAUCAUCAUCAUCACUAUGGAUACUCUUCACCCGGAGAACGAUCGCCUUCCCUCUCCGCCGUUGAUCUCCGACCGAGUUCUAAUAAACGGCGUCAUCACGCCGUUGACUUUAACCGCAGACGGAGAGCUACAAUGGACGGAAUCCGCUCUUAGGAAAUCUACAACGGAGAAAGAGAUCCUGAGCUUCGCCGUGGAAGGGAACAAGGUCAAAUUGAAGACGUUGGUUGAGAGAAGAGGAUCAAUCUGCUGCGGAGGAAGCGGUGGAGAUUACGCGAGGAAGGAUUUCGUGUUCGAGCCUCUCUACGACGAAUCUAGAAAGCUGUGGUGCGAUAAGCUUCGUCAACGCCUCGACUCUCUCGUCGGUCGGCCUAAGAGGCUGCUUGUGUUUGUGAACCCGUUUGGUGGGAAGAAGACGGCUAGGAAGAUAUUUUUGGAGGAAGUGAAGCCGUUGUUUGAUGUGUGCUCAUGUUCAACUUAUGUUCAAGAAACUAAGUAUCAGUUGCAUGCAAAGGAGAUGGUUAGGUCCAUUGAUUUGUCAAAAUACGACGGUAUUGUUUGCGUUAGCGGCGACGGUGUCCUUGUUGAGGUUGUGAAUGGACUGCUCGAAAGAGCAGACUGGAGAACUGCCUUGAAGUUGCCUAUCGGAAUGGUCCCUGCAGGAAGUGGUAAUGGCAUGAUAAAAUCACUGCUGGACCCGGUUGGGCUGUCUUGUAGUGCAGCAAGUGCCACUGUUUCCAUUAUCCGAGGUCAUAGACGUUCUUUAGAUGUGGCAACUAUCUCACAAGGGACUACCAAAUUCUUCAGCGUCUUGAUGCUAGCUUGGGGAUUAGUGGCUGAUAUAGACAUCGAGUCAGAGAAGUUCAGAUGGAUGGGCAGUGCUCGCUUUGAUGUCUAUAUCCACCACUGUUGUUUCUCUUACCUGUAA